ACGAAAUCGUUGAGGUUUUCACAUCCCUAAUUCACAUGUGCCGGCAGAUAAAACAAAAAAUUAUUUUAUCGAAUCUUCCAGAAAUCGACCGAAUUUUAUUUCCUAGCAGUACAAACACUCUACAGCAUGUCUAACGAAGAAGGACUGUACGACAAUAUUCUGCUGGCCGUGGCCGAAAAGCACCGCGGCGGCGUGCCCGAGUUCCUCGGCACCCUGGCCAGUUUCCUACGGCGCAAAACCGACUUCUUCACGGGCGCCAAGCAGGCCGAGUGGGAGAAGAUGCUGCUCGAUGUUUUCAAAAAGGAAUCCGCGCUGGCUAUGAGCGCGCACCAGGAGAAGGUGAAGUCGCGCGAAGCUGCCCAGAAGGUCAAGGAUGAGAAGGAGCGCGCGGCGCGUGAGGCUCGCCAAAAGGAGAUUGACGAUAACAAAAUAUGUGAUAUCACCGACGAGGAGGCUGCUGCCAUCAUCAAGGAGGAGGAGAACAAAAAACGACAGCAGCUGCUGGAUAGCGCUAGUGGAGAGCCAGCUGCCUCGAAUCGCGAUGACAUUUCCAAGCCCAUUGAAAGCGUAGACGAUGAAACCGAAAAGGGCGAGUUGGGCAAGCUGCAGCCCAAUGCUGGCAACGGCUGCAACUUGGACAAGUACAAUUGGACACAAACGCUGCCGGAGGUGGAGCUCAAGAUUCCCUUCAACGUGACAUUCGCUCUACGUGCCCGCGAUCUGGUGGUCAAUAUCGGUAGGAAGUCGCUGAAGGUGGGUCUCAAAGGUCAAGAGCCCAUCAUCGAUGGCGAGCUGUGCGGCGAGGUGAAGCAGGAGGAGUGCGUGUGGGUCUUGCAAGAUAGCAAGACUGUAAUGAUCACACUGGAGAAGAUUAACAAGAUGAACUGGUGGAGUCGUCUGGUGACCACCGAUCCGGAGAUUUCGACGCGCAAGAUCAACCCGGAGCCCUCGAAGCUGUCGGAUUUGGAUGGGGAGACGCGCAGCAUGGUGGAGAAAAUGAUGUUUGAUCAGCGGCAGAAGGAGAUGGGUCUGCCCACCAGUGAUGAUCGCAAGAAACAGGAUAUACUCGAGAAAUUCAAGCAACAGCAUCCGGAGAUGGACUUUUCCAAGUGCAAAUUCAAUUAGUUUAUACAUUCUAAGCCUUACAUUGUACAACUUUCGCUUUCGCACUCUUCUCACUCUCCCUCACAUUCGAAAUGUGUGUAUUCUCUACAUCUUUCAUCUUUCCCAAACACCCAAUAAACUAAAGCAAGCAAAAUAAAUA